AAUACGGUGCCAAACAGAGCAAAUUAGAUUAAGGAAGCAGCCAUGGAAGCAGAGAGAAAGUACUCCACGAAUUGGGCUAUCGAAGGGGGCGGCUCUCUCGUGAAUUCAGUCACUUUUGAGUCCUCUUUCUCUCCCAUCACCGACAGUGUCGACGACGACGACGGAAACGCUCUGGUUUCGGUCCCCAGAUAUCCUCUCAUCCUCCGCCCUCCCUCACUCGAUUCGGGUCCCUGCGAGAUAACAAUCAGGUUUUCUCAAAUUCAUGAAGUGCAGCAGGUUUAUGUUCGAAGUACUGCUCGAGUAUAUGAGAUAUACUAUACAACUGGGCUGCAGAAGAGCAAUGAAUAUCUAUGUACUGUUCGAUGUGGCAUUGCUACUAGGGAUGGAGAGGUGCUGCAUACUACUGGUGUUCAAGAAGCUAUUUUGGCACAUCAAGAACCUGUUAAGGAUCUAGCAAUGAGAUCAAAAAAUGAGGGUGCUGUGGAUGCAAAUAAAGAUGAUUGGGUUGAAGUGGAACCUCCUGUGCUUGAUCUGAGAAGCAGUCCACUACCAUCUAGUUUUGAUGGAGACCACCCAGGAGGAAGUAUUCAGGAUUUUUAUGAGGCUACAGCAGAGAUUAAUGAUGCAGACCCCUGCAUCUCCAUUACGCUCCGUCUGCUCUCACUUCAGGAUAAAGGCUGUUUAUUUCUUGAUGAAGUCUAUGUAUUUGCUGAUCCUGUUGAUCCAGCUGAUCCCGAAAACCAAGCUGGUCAGGUGGAAAACAUGGCAGGUAGUUCUGUUAUGGCAAUGCUUGUGCCUACCCUGUUGCAGUUAUCUAAAACAAGAGAUGUAAAAAGAAUACAAGACAAGCAAGCUUCAGAUAUGAUUGAAAACCAAAAGACUGCAGACAGUGGAUUAAAAGCAACUAAAUCAAAGCAAGUUGCUGAUAAAAUGUGUGAAGGAAAAUCCAGAAUGGCUGCUGCUGAUCAGCUGGAAGAGAAUAUUCAGGAAGCAGUUGUCUCAACUGCCAAAACACCUCAGGUUGAGACCUCCCAACAGCUUUCAGGUGCAGAAAGCAAGCCUGAGUUAUCAUGCAGCCAUGCUGAUAGUCUACUGGGCCAGCUUGUUUCUCGUGUAAGCAGGAUAGAAGAUCUUUUCCUAAGGUUUGAAGAACACAUGCUGAAGCCAAUAAGCAAUAUUAAUGAAAGGCUUCAGCAUGUGGAACAGACACUUGAAAAACUUGUGGAGAAGUUCCAGAGUUCUGAAUUGCCUUCAUGCACGAGGAUCAUUGCCCCAGAAUUUUCAUGCCAUGAAUCUGAUCAUAACUCCUCUUAUAGCAAUGAAAAUAACGAUUCUAAUUGUGGGUCAUCUGAAGUCAAUAAGGAGGAGGCUUCUUUAUCUGUCACAUUGAAUGAUAUGGUAAAUUCAACAAGUGUUGGUCAAUCAGUCCCGGGUCUCGUAGUUACUGCUCCCGAGUUUGCGAAUAUUGAUGAUGAGGAAGAUUAUUCCUCACCAAGGAAUUCUCAAAAGGAUGAAGCUAAGUGUUCUGUGUCUAUUGAUGAUGCUUUAGCAUCUGCACUUUCUGGGUUCUUGUCUUCAACUUUGAUUGAACGACAAAGAUGUACUGAAGCUCUUGCACCUGAAGUUAAUGAUUUUUCAAAUGAAGAAGUUAAUGAUAACAAUGAGAAAGCUCCACCAAACAGACAGUGUGGAGAAAGUACAGAUCCGUUGUCCUGUUCAGGUGCACUUGAGGGGACUGAUUGUAUUAAAGUUUCACCAAAUAAUUCCUCGUGUAUUUCUUGUAUAGAGGGUGAGGGUAAUGUUAUGAGAUCUCUUGAUUACUUCUCCAAGAGAACUAUGGAUGGAAUUCCUGAACAAUGCCAACAUAAGGUGAGUGCUGAAGAUGCUUUUGAGUGUAUAAUUGCUGACUGCAAAGUUGCUCCUGCUGGAUAUGGUCUGGAAAACGAUAAUUAUAAUCAGUUAAGAGAGAACACUGGACCUGGAGAACCUGAUAUUCAGAGCCAGUGUCUUGGAGAUCUGAUUGAUAAUAACUCAAAUUCUACACAAGGCAGAGUUGCAAGCUCAGAAUUUAGCACUACUAGAAAAGAGUUGAAAGAGUGUUACAAUGAUAUCCUGCAGGAUGUUCUCAAAUUCUCACAUGGCACUUGCUUGGAUUUCGAAAUGCCCAUCCUUGAUGUAAAAUUUAAUUCUCUGGGAAAUUUGAAUGGUAGAACUUCCAUUGCGGCUCUUUUCAAUGAGUUGCCAGAGUCAAAUGACGAAGCCCCUGCAGUCAGGGAAAACGUUGAUGCUCUUGACCGUUGCAACUUGAUUUCAGUAGGAGAUGAGGGAUUGACAGGUCCACCAACUGACACCCUUUUUAUGCUAAUAUAGAUUGUUACAGUGUAGAAUAGAUUCCUUUAAGCUUGGAAGGUGAAAAGCAGCCUGGUCAUUGCGCAUGCAACGAUCAGGAAAUGCUGGCAACAAAUCUCAUUUGAGAAAAUGUUUUCUGGUUUGUGACUGUAAUGUUGUUGGAUUGUAUAUAGAAGCUACGUUUCUGAUUUGUGACUGAAAUAUUGCAUUAUAUAUAGAAGCUUUCUCUUCUCCCUUUUCUGA